AACCGGUCCUUUCCGUUAGUAAGUUAGUGGACUUUAGCUUAGUUCCGUGUUCACUUCCGUCCACCUGCGGCGUGCCAGUAUAUUCAGAUCGGCUCUGUCUUCAGCGUUUGUUUUUCGCGGGUCAGCUCCUGUCCUCUGUGUUCCCGAAGUAUUCGCUGCUUUGCGUUUCGCUCAGGCGCAGUUCAGUUCCGCGAGCAUCCGAAGGCGCUACAUGCAACCACCCGAAGCAAAGCGCGUGUGUGCAGAGAACAUGGUGCCUAAAAUUGGUACCCACAACGGGACUUUUCAUUGUGAUGAAGUGUUCGCUUGCUUUCUCCUUCGGCAGCUCCCAGAAUACAAGGACGCGGAAAUCGUUCGAACGCGGGACCCUGCAGUGCUGGCCACCUGUGACGUUGUUGUGGACGUUGGUGGAGAGUUCGACCCCAAGAAGCAUCGCUAUGACCAUCAUCAGAGGUCCUUUGUGGAGACCUUCAGCAGCCUGUGCCCGGAGAAGCCCUGGGGUACGAAGCUGAGCUCGGCCGGGCUCAUCUACCUGCACUUCGGCCGCCAGGUGCUGGAGAAGCUCACUCAGCUGCAGCCGGACGACCGGCGGCUGGACGCGCUAUACGACAAGCUGUAUGAGAACUUUGUGGAGGAGGUGGACGCGGUGGACAACGGGAUCUCGCAGUACGAUGGCGAGCCACGCUACGCCGUCUCCUCCACUCUGAGCGCUCGCGUCAGCCAUCUUAACCCCCGCUGGAACAGCAAGAGCCAAGACACGGAGGAGGGGUUUCGGCAGGCCAUGAAGAUGGUGGGGGCGGAGUUUCUGGACCGGGUGGAUUUCUACCAGAACUCUUGGCUGCCGGCCCGCGCCCUGGUGGAGGGGGCGGUCCAGAUGCGCUCUGAGGUUGACCCCAGCGGGGAGGUGAUCGUUCUGGAGCAGGGAGGAUGUCCCUGGAAGGAGCACCUCUUCUCGCUGGAGAAGGAGCUGAGCGUGAACCCACCCAUAAAGUUCGUCCUCUACACCGACCAGAACGGCCAGUGGAGGGUCCAGUGCGUUCCUGCUGGUCUGCAUACCUUCCAGAACAGGCUGUCCCUGCUGGAGGAGUGGCGUGGCGUUCGGGACGAGGCCCUGUCGACGCUCAGCGGGAUCCCCGGCUGCGUCUUCGUCCACGCCAGCGGCUUCAUCGGCGGGAACCGCAGCCAGCAGGGGGCGCUGGAGAUGGCCCGACGCACUCUGCUCGCCGCCAAAGCCCGCGGCGAGGGGGAGGGGCCUCCGGCCAACGGCAGCUGACCAAUCACAGCGGCCGCCCCUGCCAUCUGCGCUGUCAGCAUGAGCUUCCCUUUUGUAAUAAAGCUGCUCUCCUGACACCCCC